AUGGAUGGGCUGAAGUCCCGUGCUCAUGUAAUCGUCAUCGGUGCUACAAACAGACCUAAUAGUAUUAUUGAUCCUGCUUUAAGAAGGUUUGGGAGGUUUGACAGGGAAAUAGACAUUGGGGUUCCUGAUGAAGUUGGACGGCUUGAGGUUCUUCAAAUUCAAACAAAGAAAAUGAAACUCACUGAAGAUGUGGACUUGGAAAAAGUAGCGAGGGAAACUCAUGGGUUUGUUGGGGCAGAUCUUGCAGCUCUCUGUACUGAAGCAGCCCUCCAAUGUAUUAGAGAAAAGAUGGAUAUAAUAGAUCUGGAAGAUGAUACUAUUGAUGCUGAGAUUCUCAAUUCUAUGGAUGCUACGAAUGGUCACUUCAAAAAUGUUCUAGGAACCAGCAGCCCUUCUGCUCUACGCGAAACAAUUGUUGAAGUACCUAAUGUCAGCUGGAAUCAUGUUGGUGGGCUAGAGACCGUUAAGAGGGAACUUCAAGAGACAGUUCAGUGUCCAGUGGAGCACCCUGCGAAAUUUGAAAAGUUUGGUAUGUCUCCUUCAAGAGGGGUGCUUUUCUAUGGGCCUCCUGGUCGUGGAAAAACUUUGCUAGCUAAAGCAAUCGCGAAUGAAUGUCAAGCUAAUUUCAUUAGCAUCAAGGGUCCUGAGCUUCUAACAAUGUGGUUUGGAGAGAGUGAGGCCAAUGUUAGAGAUGCUUUCGACAAGGCACCCCAAUCUGCACCUUGUGUCCUCUUCUUUGAUGAACUUGAUUCUAUUGCUGUUCGUAGAGGAAGUAGCACUGGAGACUCUGGUGGUGCUGACAGAGUUUUGAACCAACUUUUGACAGAAAUGGAUGGUUUGUCUGCAAAGAAAACAAUCUUUAUAAUUAGAGCAACCAAUAGGCCGGAUAUAAUAGACCCUGCACUUUUGAGACCUGGUCGCCUCGAUCAGCUAAUAUACAUUCCUCUGCCUGAUGAGAGUUCAAGACAUGUUGAUCUGGCUGCUCUUGCAAAGCUUACAGAAGGCUUUAGUGGGGCUGAUAUAACAGAAAUAUGCCAAAGGGCUUGCAAAUAUGCAAUAAGAGAAGAGAUAGAGAAAGACAUCCAGAGGGAAAGAACGAAAAGUCCUGAAGUAAUGGACGAAGAUGCAGUCGAUGAAGUGGCUGAAAUCAAGGUUACACAUUUUGAGGAGGCAAUGAAGUAUGAUAGGAAGAGUGUUAGUUAUUCUGAUAUUCUCAAGUACAAGGCAUUUUCUCAAAACUUGCAGCAAUCAAGAGGAUUUGGUUCUGAUUUCAAAUUUUCCCAGUCAGCUGCAGGAGCACCUAAUGACUUGAAUCCAUUUACAUCUUCAGGUAGCAGGGACAAUGAUGAUGUUGACCUCUAUGAUUAA